UAUGAGGCCGGCUGUCUGCAUCAUGCCAGCAUAAUACAGCGCUGUAUGAAUAUGGUCUGACCAGAUGGUCUAAUUAAAUCCUAAAUGACUCGUGGGGUAAAUGGUAGGCAGGUCAAAGCAAAAGCUACUGGCUUUGUGCAGAGGGUAUUUUCGCUUCCCCGGUGAAAAUAUUAACAGCAUCCCAUUGGAAAAGCAAUGACUAGGAAAGGUACUGAAUAGGAAAGUGCGUGCUGCUCCUGUCCCCUUCACUAGGGCCGAGAAACCCUCAGAGGAGCUGAACUUACCAGGUAGCACAAUGCAGAUGCACAGCCCCUCAGUUCCGGGGGGCGCUGCAGUAGUAACAGCGAAUGUGAAGACACGCUCCACACAUGCACCCUCCCCCAAACUCCAGGCCCUAAAACGAUUUAAGAGCUGAAGCGGGGAAGCUGUUCAAGACCCGCACCUUAGUGUAUCCCUGUAAGGGCCAUGGAAACGCGGGGAAGCAGACGAGGGGUGCCCGGCACCGCGGCACGUCCCGCCCGUGCGGCCCCGGAGGGCGGGCGGCCGCCAUCAGCUCCCGCGGUCCCGCCCCCCGCCCGCAGAGCCCGGGCGGGAUGGCGGCGGCGCGGGGUCGGGUGCUCUGUCUCUUCGACGUGGACGGGACCCUGACGCCGGCCCGGCAGAAAAUCGAGCCGGAGGUGGACGCGUUCCUGCGGGAACUUCGGGAGAGGGUGCACAUCGGCGUGGUGGGAGGCUCCGACUAUGCCAAGAUAGCUGAGCAGCUGGGGGAAGGGGACGAAGUUAUUGAUAAGUUUGACUACGUCUUCGCAGAGAACGGCACAGUGCAAUACAAGAAUGGGCAGCUGGUCUCCAAACAGGCCAUUCAGGACCACUUGGGGGAGGAGCUGCUGCAGGAUCUGAUCAAUUUCUGUCUCAACUACAUGGCGCUGCUGAAGCUGCCCAAGAAACGAGGGACCUUCAUUGAGUUUCGCAAUGGAAUGUUGAACAUCUCCCCCAUUGGUCGGAGCUGCACCCCAGAGGAGCGAAUCGAGUUCUCAGAGCUGGACAAGAAAGAGCGGAUACGGGAGAAGUUUGUGGCAGCCUUGCAGAGGGAAUUUGCUGGCAAAGGCCUGCGUUUCUCUCGAGGUGGCAUGAUCAGCUUUGACGUCUUCCCAGAGGGCUGGGACAAGCGCUACUGCCUCAACGUGCUCGAUGACGAGAGAUUUGACACCAUCCACUUCUUUGGGAACGAGACAACCCCUGGAGGGAACGAUUAUGAAAUCUAUGAUGAUCCCCGCACUGUAGGACACAGUGUCCAGUCCCCCCAGGACACAGUCCAGCGAUGCCGCGAAAUCUUCUUUCCAGAAAGAGCAAAUGAGUGCUGACUGCCCAGUCCCUGCAGCCCUGCCCCAGUCCCACUCUCUCCCCCCACCAGGAAAAGCACCUUCAUUUGAGGAAUCUGCUCAGGGUAGACCAAAAAAACACUUGACAGAGCUGGUCAGGAUGUAACACGUGAGUGUGGGUGGGUGGCAGGAGGGGGCCUUGGCUGAGCAGCCCCUCAGUGCUCCCCGUGUGUGGCUGGGGGUCACCAGGCCCUCGUUGCCUCCAGGGAAAUUUCUCUCUUGACAGUUCAGCUGCGGUGGGCAGUGAUGCAGAUGCUUUUGUGGUCAGAAAGCAUUUGAAAGGGCCAAAGAGUGAGUGUAUGUCCAUCCUGCACUCCCUUUCCUCUCCUCUUCUCUCCUUUUCCAUGCACUUUCUUGUAACACUUGUGCAUGAGGGAACAUGUGGCUCACCUUCCUCUCCCCCUUGCACCUUGGCCAGAGAGGCUGGGGCUGCUGAGGCUCGAGGCAUUCACCAGAACUGCUCUGAGGCAGGAGGCCAGGAAGGCUGUUUGCUCCAAGCCUGUGGUAGGAAGGAGUAGCUGAGAUCCCAGCUUGUUGCACCAUUAUGCUUUCUAAUGGAGAGGUCCCCCUGUCCUUCCCAUCAGUGCCACAGUGUGCCAGUCCCUCCCUGCAGAUGACCUGGGAACAACAGCUUUAACAUGGCUGAGCUGCUGCUCUGAGCUUUGCUCGGAUGCAUAAAGAAACCAAUUCUUCUCUUUAGCUUACAGAAAACACCUAGGGUUUAUUUCCUAUAUUAUUCCCUAUUUUCAAGUCAGACCUGGAGAAUCUUGGCACUUCAUGCUAUGGAACAGUUUGGGGUAGAAGGAUUUCCAGUGGUCUUCCCACUAAUGUAUCCACUGGGCAUCACAGAAUCACAGAAUUGUUAGGGUUGGAAGGGUCCUCUGGAAAUCAUCUAGUCCAACCCUCCUGCCAAGGCACGGUCACCUUGAGCAGGUGACAGGAAUGUGUCCAGGUGGGUUUUGAAUGUCUUCAGAAAGGGAGACUCCCCAGUCUCCCCGGGCAGCCUGUUCCAGUGCUUAGCCACCCUCGAUGUAAACAAGUUCUUCCUCAUGUUGAAGUGGAGCCUCGUGUUUUAGUUUAUGGCCAUUGCUCAUCAUCCUGUCGGUGGGCACCACCAAAGAGAACCUGGCACCAUCCUCUUGGCACCUGCCUUUGAGAUGUUUAUAUACAUUAAUGAGAUCCUCACGCAGUCUUCUCUUCUCUGGACUAAACAGGCCCAGCUCCCACAGUCCUCAUAAGAGAAAUGUGUCCUUAUAAAACCUUACCCAGGGCAUUCAUAACAGACCAAGUCUUCUUCCCUCCCCAGUGCUCAGCUUUCCAUCCUGCUGCCAGAGGCAUUUUAAGCAGGGGUCAACACUGGUUGACCCGAAACACCUGGUUCAUAGAGCUACUGGAGGUACCUGCUCAGCAGUGUCCUCCAAGCUUGCUCUUCCCCCCAUCUCAUCCCACACACCCAGUUUACAAGCUCACCUUUAGGGAGACAGGAUGUCCAGUGCAAUUGUCAUAUGUCCUGUUCCUCUCCCUGGAUCUUUGUGGGUUGCAAACCCACAUCUUUCCUUCAGCCUUUGACCUUCUCCCUCACAUUGUUAUUUUAUUCCCAGCAGUUGCAUUGUGGUGUGUGGCCACAAUGGUGACACUUGUCACAACUUGGUGCUCAAAAGGAGCUCAGGGAUCCCCUCCAUGGAGAUGUCCUGCUUGUAGCUCCCCAAGGUACACAGAUCUGGUGUUUGUGG